AUGGAGUGUGUAAAACAUCCGGGAAAUCAGACCGCUUUGGUCUGUGUCACUUGUAAUUCUACCCCAGUUUGCUUGGAAUGUCUGACAGACGAGCAACACAAAUGUCAUGAGUUUGGGAAACAGAGUGAAACUGAAAGUCACACCAACAAGUCUGAAGAGAAUGUAGAAAGUGAACUUAUAUUAGGCUUUAUGUCGGACUUGGAGGAGGCACGGAGACUCAAAACACAACAAAACCAGGAACAUCUAAAAAGACAGGAAUUUAUCAAUAUACGACGGAAGGACCUGAUGGACACCAUAAACAAGAUAGCUGAUAGCAUUAUAUCACAUUCGCAGACACAAACUCGAGGUAACUGUGAUAUACUGCAGGGUGCCAUUGAUGGAAUUUCAUCAACUUUAGAAAAGGUCAGACGUGAUAAAGAGGAAAACAAUUACCCUAAACGCGUGAUUGAUGACAAGGAUCCUCUCCAAAUGGAAGAGGAGUUAGGAAUAAAAGAAUGUAAUGAGCGAGACAGAAAACCGCUCCCUAAAUUAGAAACUUUCGAGUUCAUUUACGGUGAAGUAAAUACAAGUCAACUAAAACUCAUGUUUGGUGUUACCAAAGUCGAGAUUGAGGAAGUAGAGUCAUUGCAGGGAGCCCAGCCUUCCAACAAUACGACCUUAUCAAUCAACCAAAAUUCUGAUUCCGAUACUACUCUGAUUUGCCAGGGAGGGGAACUUGUUCCAGAAGCGACAUUCAAGCUUCCAAAUGCCUCUGCUAUUAAACACAUGUGUUUCACUUGUUGCGGAAAAACAUGGAUAAGAUGUAUUAAUGCUCAGGCAAUAAUCUUAAGAGAUAAAAGUGGAGACAUAGAAAAAACCGUGACCUUUGAUUCCAUCGUUGCUGGUAUGACUGUCGUUAGUGACAAUACACUGUUAAUAUGUGGAGAGGAAGAUAAAGAUAUCAAACAGGUGACACUGUCUAGUGGAGAGGUGACUUCCCUCUUCCUUACUGGUGACUUAUCCCCAGUAGAUAUAUGUGCCUCACCUAGUGGAGAUAUCUAUGUAACACAGAUGGAUAAGUUUGACUACAACGUAACCUCCGACAGUAAGAGAGUACUUGUACAUUACUCUGCUCAAGGUCACGAGAAGGAUCGGCAGGGCGACGCCAUGUUUGUCUGGCCGUGGAAGACCUAG